AUGGGGUAUGCGUUAUUGCAGCGCCACGGCGAUUCAUGGAGGUUGGUGGACGCUAACUCGCGGUGGUGCACGGACACGGAGUCCAAAUAUGCUAUCGUAGAGCUUGAACUAGCAGCUGUGGAGUGGGCCAUCCGGAAGUGCCGUUUAUAUUUAUCCGGCCUCCCAAAUUUUACAUUAAUGGUGGACCAUCAGGCGUUGGUAUCCAUUUUAGACAAGUAUACUCUCGACGCCAUUGACAACCCGAAAAUUCAACGCCUCAAGGAGCGAUUAUCACCUUACUCAUUCACGACGGUGUGGCGAAAGGGAAAAGAUCACGCAAUACCGGACGCGCUAUCACGCGCUCCGGUAAACGACCCGGUAGCAGAGGACCAAUGCAUUGGAACGGAGCUGGCAUUUACGGUAUGCAAAGUAGCCAUUCAGAGCGUCAAUAACAUCCUCGACCUUGCAGACGACGCAGCUUCAACACCACAUCUACCGGACACGCUGAUGGAGGAGUUACGGACAGCGGCUGCAGCAGAUCCCCAUUAUGCUGAUUUAAUUGUGGCAAUUGAGACCGGAUUUCCGGCCAACCGAACACACACUCCAACGCAUGUCCGACAAUAUUGGUCCAUCCGAGAGCAGUUAUCGACAGACGGCGGCAUCGUGUUAUACGGAUCACGUAUAGUGACUCCAUCCGCUUCGCGCCGUGGCAUUCUGGCAAAAUUGCAUGCAUCUCAUCAAGGGAUUGUGAGGACCAAACGUCGAGCGCAACAGACGGUGUAUUGGCCAGGUAUCUCCAAUGAUAUCAUGAUGCUGGUGGAACGGUGCGACAUCUGCCAGGAACGAUUGGCUAGCCAAGCUCAAGAACCAUUAUUGGCGGACCCAUUGCCGUCAUACGUGUUCGAAGAUGUAUCGGCAGACUUAUUCCAACACGGAUCGCUACACGUGUUGGUUUACGCCGAUCGAUUGUCAGGAUGGCCGGUGGUGCAUCAGUGGCGCCAUGACCCUACGGCCCGGGAGGUGGUGCAGGCGGUCAUCAACAAUUUUGUGGAGUUAGGCGUGCCGAUGCGACUUCGGUCGGACAACGGCCCGCAGUUCGAAGCGGGCGUUUUUCAAGCGGCCCUAAAGCGCUGGGGUGUGUCAUGGGGCAAUUCCACUCCUCAUUACCCCCAAAGCAACGGGCACGCGGAAGCAGCUGUAAAAACGGUGAAAGAGCUGGUACUGAAGCUAGCCCCGUCGGGGGAUUUAUCGUCGGAAGAGUUCCUUGCUGGCCUGCUGGAAUUUCGAAACACCCCGCAUGCAACUGGGUUAUCACCGGCUCAAAUAGUAUUUGGCCAUCAGCUCCGAUCUAUGGUGCCCGCCCAUCGAUCCUCCUAUUUCAAUCAAUGGAAAGACGUCAUGGAUGCGCGAGAGCGUCAGGCGGAAGCAGAUGCAAACACAAAAUUCCGAUACGACCUACGAUCACGCCCACUGCCAUCGUUACCGGUCGGUUCACCAGUACGCGUCCAAGAUCCGAAAACGAAAUUAUGGAGCCAUAGCGGAGUGAUCGUCGCGGUCGGACAAUACCGGUCCUAUCGGAUCAAGUUUGCCAGCGGCAGUGUACUCUGGCGUAACAGGUGGUUCAUCCGCUUGAUGGUUCCGGCAGCGACCGAGAGCGGGAGCAGCGAAGAAUCCACGUCACCAACACCAGAAGCGCACGAUACGAAGGCAGAUGCGGAGACGCCAGGGAAAGAGCAACCCCAGUUGGGCCCCCCUCCAGUAGUUCUACGCCGAAGCACCCAUACGCGCAAACCGCGCGUAACGUUCUCCAUUUAA